CCCACAGCAGUCGAACGUAUAUGCCACAACGGCACACGCAAGACCGCGAGUUAAAGGAGGCUUGGCGGCGCUAUAAACAACACGGAGGUUCACGGGGGGGGCAGUGAUGGACUUGGCAACUUUCUACUUUGUGUGCGUAAUCGCGUUCAACAUAGCUGUGUUCAACGAGCUCGCGUGGGAUUUAUUCGGGGCCGGGCUCGGUCGGGCUCACUCCGAUUGAGAUUGAGAUUGAGGAGCAAACACAGGAGUGGAAAGGCGAAGAAGAAGAAGAAGAAGAAGGUACAAGAUUGGGUCCUCGAGUUCCUUGGGGCGAUACUCCCGCAUCCUGACCGCCCUUGCCAAGAUUCCCAGCUAGCUGCUGGACGAAGAUCGGUCGCGAAAGGCAGUGAACGAACGGAGGACGCGUGACGUUAGUGUACCAUGUUUUUAAAAUCCCGGUUUCUUUUGCUCCGUGGCUAUAUUUAUAAGUAAGGUCGGCACCCCCCCACCCGCCCUUGGAUGGUAGGAAUAGUAGCGGUGGUAGUGGUGCAUGUGUCCCUUCGACAUUUAGGUAGAUAGUUCCCUCCUUUUUCAGGGUGAGGUGCCAAAGGGUAUAUUUCAAGUCACGACAGACCAAUCCUUCUCCUUGCUGCGUGUGUGUGUUAUGCUGAGUACCAUUGCAUCGGGGGGUGGCAUCACCGUUUCCUCGCGGAAUUGUUCAUAGAACCGGUUAAGAGGUGUGCAUGGCUUCACCAUCGCAAGGUUUAGGACAGAGGAAUAUUUUCUUGCGGGCGUUGGGUUGUAUGUGGUACCAGAAGGACUAGGAAACGGGUGUGACUUUGCCGUUUAUCUUGCUGCCUGCGUUGCGCAUGAAGUGGCUAAACUCUCAACAGGAGGGGGGGCGAGACGAGGUGCUUGGUGGGAGGUUGGGACCCUUCCGGGCCAACGAGGUCAGUGAUACUUGUACAAGCGACGGGGUUUGUUGGCUCAGUUUGGUGUGUGGUCCGGUCCGUCUUGUGGAAGUAGGUUGUAGUUUCGGGAACGCCAAGAGGAAGACGACCGCUCUUCACUCGGUGUCUCCGACAGAAGUACAAUGUCUCCGACAGAAGUACAAUGUCUCCGAUAGAAGUACAGUGUCUCCGGCUGAAGUACCAUAGCUUAGAUAGUGGGGGUUCCCGAAUAAGGCGGUCUGAAUAAGACCGUCGGCCUAUAUAUAUCAGGCGGGUGAAAUUGGCUGGCAAAGAAUACGGCGACCACCCCACAUAAGCCUGUCACUACCAGCUAGCCGCCCCACUGCCUUGUUCAUGGACCCCCACUGCUGUGUUGUAGCUCUCG